CCCCCACAAGGGAGGAGCGAAGCGUGGAGCGGAUGCGGACCCCGCGGCGGGCCGGCCACUUCCCUCCGCUCCCAACCGCGCCCACGCCACCCUGCGCCCCGGUGGCCCGGGGAACAAAGCCCCGCGGCCGCCCCACGAUCCGGCUCUGGGACCCGCGGGGCUGCGCCACGGCUCCCGCGCGCCCCCACCGAGCCUUUUCGGUUGGCCCGGAGCUGAGCGGCCGCCGUCCGUUACCCCCCGCCGACGAGCCCCUGGGACCUGCCUCGGGUCCCGGGUCUCCGUACGGCGGCCGCGGGAAGCCCGCGCAGCCCUCAACCGGCGCCGCCCGCCCCGCGGACCCGCAGCAGGCCGAGGGGGCGCGGGUCCCCACCGCCGCCCGCGGCACGCUCGGCUGGCCCCAGCCCCACGCGCCGCUCUCCUGCUCGCCGCCACCGCCUGCAGCAGCUGCGAGCACCCGCGCCCUAGCCCCGGGGCCCCGGUGCCAGCCCCAGCCUGGCCGCCCGGCCUCCCCAGCCGUCCCGGGACUCCCAGGCUCCGCCGCGCACGGGGCCGGUUCUGGGGGAGGGAAUGUAAACAAAUCGGGGUUUUAUAGUUACCUCACACUCGAGUGCCGUGUGCAUCUCCUCUCCGCUCGGUACCAAACCCCGGCUGCACCCAGUCGUGUAUUCUCCAAAGCCGCCUGCGCUAACUGCGUCGCGGAGCCUAGCGCGCGAGCCGGCGCUCUACGCCGGCGGCGCACUCAGCCUGCUCUGGCGCCCUGCGCAGCCGCACCCUGGCCGCCUCAACGCUAGCUACGCCAGCGGCGCACCCGGCCCGCUCCGGCGCCCUGCGCAGCCGCACCUCGGCCGGAUCAGCGCUACGCCGGCGGCGUACCCGCAGCGCCCAGCCAUUCACUUCGCGGACGCGCCUGGCGUAGGAGAGCCGCGGUACCGGCAGGAGCUACCCGGGACAGGCGGAACUGGAAGAAAUUAGAUCUACGCAAAUUGCGGAGCUCUGUAGCUCCGCGCUAGUUUUGUUCUGAGAAAGGACUCCUUGUGGGGAGUUGGGGCGGCUUCUAACGCAUGCGUGGAGCGGCCUCGGUCGCCUCGACUGGCCUCGCACGUCGGUUGCUGAGGCCUUGGGCUAGCGGAUGAGACGUUAGAAGCCCGGAGAGCGAACGACCUAGGCCAGAGUUUCGGAGUAAUCAAUUAGGAUUGCUGAUUUGUACACGGGUUAGACAUCUAUAUUAAACUAACUCCGCCCCGUCUGUCCCAGCUACCGUGCCAGUCUCCCGCCAACCUGUGACCUAACUCCUGCUGUCAAAGGAAGACAUUCUGAGAAGUCCUCAGGAAAACAAGUUUCAGAUCUUGCCCAAAGCUUUCUGAUGAUAAUAAUGAGAACAAUUUCACAACUGACAUCUACAGAAUCAAGCCAAAUCUAUCGCUGGAGCCAAGAUAUACUUAUUUUCAUUUGUUAAAACUUUGACAGCAAAAUAUGCAACAACAUUGUACAUUUUAGGGAAAGCAAUAAAUGAAGUGUUAAAAUGAG